AUGAUUCCCAAUGGAUAUUUAAUGUUUGAAGACGAAAACUUUAUUGAGUCUUCUGUUGCCAAAUUAAAUGCCCUGAGGAAAAGUGGCCAGUUCUGUGAUGUUCGACUCCAGGUCUGUGGCCAUGAGAUGUUAGCACACAGAGCAGUUCUGGCUUGCUGCAGUCCCUACUUAUUUGAAAUCUUUAAUAGUGAUAGUGAUCCUCAUGGAAUUUCUCAUGUUAAAUUUGAUGAUCUCAAUCCAGAAGCUGUUGAAGUCUUACUGAAUUAUGCCUACACUGCUCAGUUGAAAGCCGAUAAGGAAUUAGUGAAAGAUGUUUAUUCUGCAGCAAAAAAGCUGAAGAUGGACCGAGUAAAGCAGGUUUGUGGUGAUUAUUUGCUAUCUAGAAUGGAUGUUACCAGCUGCAUCUCUUACCGAAAUUUUGCAAGUUGUAUGGGAGACACCCGUUUGUUGAAUAAAGUUGAUGCCUAUAUUCAGGAGCAUCUGUUACAAAUUUCAGAAGAGGAAGAGUUUCUUAAACUUCCACGGCUAAAGUUGGAGGUAAUGCUUGAAGAUAAUGUUUGCUUGCCCAGCAAUGGCAAAUUGUAUACAAAGGUAAUCAACUGGGUGCAGCGUAGCAUCUGGGAGAAUGGAGACAGUCUGGAAGAGCUGAUGGAAGAGGUUCAAACCUUGUACUACUCAGCUGAUCACAAGCUGCUUGAUGGGAACCUACUAGAUGGACAGGCUGAGGUGUUUGGCAGUGAUGAUGACCACAUUCAGUUUGUGCAGAAAAAGCCACCACGUGAGAAUGGCCAUAAGCCGAUAAGUAGCAGUUCCACUGGAUGUCUCUCUUCUCCAAAUGCUACAGUACAAAGCCCUAAGCAUGAAUGGAAAAUCGUUGCUUCGGAAAAGACUUCAAAUAACACUUACUUGUGCCUGGCUGUGCUGGAUGGUAUAUUCUGUGUAAUUUUCCUUCACGGGCGAAACAGCCCACAGAGCUCACCAACAAGUACUCCAAAACUAAUUAAAAGUUUAAGCUUUGAGAUGCAACCAGAUGAGCUGAUAGAGAAGCCCAUGUCUCCCAUGCAGUAUGCGCGGUCUGGUCUGGGGACAGCAGAGAUGAAUGGCAAGCUCAUAGCAGCAGGUGGCUAUAACAGAGAGGAAUGUCUUCGAACAGUUGAAUGCUAUGAUCCACGUACAGAUCACUGGUCCUUUCUUGCUCCCAUGAGAACACCAAGAGCUCGAUUUCAGAUGGCUGUACUCAUGGGCCAGCUCUAUGUGGUAGGUGGAUCGAAUGGCCAUUCGGAUGACCUGAGUUGUGGAGAGAUGUAUGAUCCAAACAUAGAUGACUGGAUUCCUGUUCCAGAAUUGAGAACUAACCGUUGUAACGCAGGAGUAUGCGCUCUGAAUGGGAAAUUAUACAUUGUUGGUGGCUCUGAUCCAUAUGGUCAAAAAGGACUGAAAAACUGUGAUGUAUUUGAUCCUAUAACAAAGUCAUGGACAAGCUGUGCUCCUCUUAACAUUCGUAGACACCAGUCUGCAGUCUGUGAGCUUGGUGGUUUUUUGUACAUAAUCGGAGGUGCAGAGUCUUGGAAUUGUCUGAACACAGUAGAACGUUACAAUCCUGAAAAUAACACCUGGACCUUAAUUGCACCCAUGAACGUGGCAAGGCGAGGAGCUGGUGUAGCUGUUCUUGAUGGAAAAUUGUUUGUAGGUGGUGGCUUUGAUGGUUCUCAUGCCAUCAGUUGUGUGGAGAUGUAUGACCCAACUAGAAAUGAAUGGAAGAUGAUGGGAAACAUGACUUCACCAAGGAGCAACGCUGGGAUUACAACUGUAGGGAACACCAUUUAUGCAGUGGGAGGCUUUGAUGGCAAUGAAUUUCUGAAUACGGUGGAAGUCUAUAACUUUGAGUCAAAUGAGUGGAGCCCCUAUACAAAGAUUUUCCAGUUUUAACAAACUAACAGGCUUAGUGAUGUAAUUGUGUUUAGUAGAGGUACACUUGUGAAUAAGGAGGGUGGGUGGGUAUAGAUGUUGCUAACAGCAACACAAAGCUUUUGCAUAUUGCAUAUUA